GAGUUUCCACGGGUAUGCGUACAUCCGGGGCCAGAAGUGUACGAUGUGUUAACACUCCACGAGAAGCAUCGAUCACAGGCUGUGUGGAAUGGUGCCUUGAGAGGACCGACCGGAUGCUUGUUUCCUCGUCGCGCGGAUACCGAAUUUUGAAAGCACGUGAGGCGUCAUCCUUUUCAUCCUCGCAUCCUUGACUACUUUGGCCUGUGUGGAUUUAGGAGAGUAGUAGAGGUAGGAUGUGUAUCAUAUGAUUGGGCAGUCAUCACUGCACUUAUAGAGAGAUGGCGUCCUGAGACGUACACCUUUCAUCUGCGUACAAGUGAGACGACCAUCACAUUACAAGAUAUUGAGCUCAUGUUUGGCUUGGUUGUUGAUGGUAAUCCCUUGAAUGAUCUUAAUGCUAGAAAUAUAGGUAUUGUUGGGUGGCAACAAUUGAUCCAUGAGCUUACUGGUUGGGCACCCGGUCUGGAUUGUUUUAAUGGUGUUAGUAGGUUAGAAGUAAAUAAAUUAAUUGAAUAUAUUAGAGGCUUAGAUGACAUUACAGAUCAGACCCCAGAAAUUGAUGUGCAACAGCGGGUUAGUUUGUACUUGCUAUGGCUUUGUGGCGGCACGAUAUUUCCGGAUAAGUCCGGUGACUUACUUAAUUUAGACUAUUUGCUUGACAUGCGUGACCUUAGAGCAAUGAGUAGACAAGCUUGGGGAGCAGCUGCAUUGUCAUAUUUGUAUACUUGUUUAUGCCGCGCUUCGUUGAGGAAAGCCAAGGAUGUGUGUGGAUUCAUUUCCUUAUUGCAGGUUUGGGCUUGGGAGCGAAUUAUACCGAUGCAGCCACCAUCCAGGGCCCUUCAGCCACACACGGCUCUUGCACGAAAGUGGACUCAUCGUAAAGCUCGCGAAAAUGAGGCACGUGUUGGGUAGCAUAUGUAGGGAUGUAUUGGACAACCUAACAGAUGGUCAGUUUGUGUGGCAGCCUUAUUCAGAGGCCAUCAUUAAUGGACUCCCUGAGUGGUGUCAGCGUGGCCGAGUUAUUUGGAUGGCGCAAGUUCCCCUUAUUUGUGGGAUCUAUCGAGAGUGGCACACGGUAGACCGCGUUCUCAGACAGUUCGGUAGGAAGCAACAUAUUUCGGGACCAUAUGCUGAGAUUGAUCCUUUUCAUUACAAACGUGACAAGCGGUAUGCUAUAACAGUGGAGGAUCAACAAAAUUUUACACAAACGGACUUUUUGUGGGAAAAUCGUCGACAAAGGGUAAUUCUGGCCGAGUAUGAAACUCAAGACCCAGAGUCAUUAUCAGAGUAUUUCUGUUGGUAUCGACGUCACUCGCACACUUUCAUAGGAAAUCCUGCGCAUAAAGUGGAUAGAGGAUACCAACACAUGGCAGGCAAGCAUGAGGCACUGGCUUUAGGACAUCAAGAAUCGUACAGGUUGGCUCAGCAGACUAUCCAAGAUCCAACCAAGUCUAAUGAAGUGAAGGAAAUAACAGAGAUGUUUAGCCACAUUAAUACAGAGUCCAUGGCUGCUGCCUCUCUGGGGACGAUGUUGAGUUUCGCCCCCAAUUAUACACCACCGGCAGAGUAUGUUGAGCCGCCUACUGUGCAAGUGCUUCGUCAUUAACGUCCUAAUGUACCAAGACCUGCGGUGCAUGGUAGAGGACGCCAAUCAGGUAACAGACGGGGUCGAGGUCCCGUGGAUCACCAGUUGGUUGAUGAGGAAGAGGUUCGUUUUGAUCAAGAUAUGCCCAGCUCAAUGAUGCCUGCAGCUGAUGAUGCAUAUUACCCAAUAAUAGAUUUUACGUCUAGCUCAUCGACGUCUGCUCUCGAGGUUCAAUCAUCAGCGGUAAUCAGAAGCGAGGGGCCUUUUCAGGCAUUCGCAUCGUCUGAGCCUAUUAGCCUCGCAGUUAUGGCCCAACAGUAUAGUGUUCAGACAAGCAGCUCUUAUGGGAUGACUGAGGGGCCUUUGUUGACACCU